GGCGGCGCGCCGUGAGGGAGGCGGCGGCGGCGCGCCAUGAGGGAGGAUGCGGCGGCGCGCACCACCUUGUGAGGGAGUAAGCUCUGACGAAGGCUACUGGAGCUUGGCUGCGGCCAGCAUGCGCAAGAAGCAACCCGGGCAUGCGUGGGGGUUCUUGGAUCCCGACGCAUCCGCCGCCUGGGUGCCGUGGGGCAAGAUUGGAAGCCUCCUUUCGGCCGGUCGCCGCCAGCCGGAGCAGUGGGGAGGGCGAAGAAGCGGGGGUCGACGGCGAGCGCGGGGAUCCCUGGAGCUCGAUCGACGGCGGGUGGCGAGAGGCGUGUGACGGCGGCGUACGGAAGACACGUCACGCGCGCGCAUCAGAGCCGUCCGUCCCUGGGACACGAGCCGCGCGGCGGCUCAUCUGGGGCCGUCCGAUCCGCCACGUCAGCCGCGGAUGGCGAUCGGAGGGCAGGGGACGCGCCAGUGGUGGGCCCGAGAAGAAAUUUCGUGCGAGAAAGAAAUUCGCCUGCCUGGCUGCCAGUGCCAGCCGAGCUGUAUAUUUGCUGCCGCACCGGCCGCAUGCAGCUCUGCACCGUCGCAACAAACUUUUCUCCUCCGACUCCGAGCAGACGCAGAAGCAGAAGCAGGAGGAAGAGCGGCGGAGGAAAGGAAAGCAAACCCUGCAAUGGGUCAAACCACAUCUUUACUUGUGAAGUCUACUCUUAGAAACGAGAAUGGCAGAAUUAAGUAUGCCACGUCAUCUAUGCAAGGAUUGUGCUCGCACAUGGAAGAUGCUAGUGCAGCUGUCCUAGAUCUAGACCUUACCGGUUCCACAUCAUUCUUUGGUGUUUAUGAUGGCCAUGGAGGAGCUAAUGUUGCACUUUAUUGUGCGAACCGAUUUCAUACUGAGCUUCUACACGAUGAAGAUUAUCAGAACAAUCUGGAUGAUGCAGUGGGGCACGUGUUUUUCAGAAUGGAUGAGCAGCUUCGAGAAGAUGAUGAAUGGAGGGCAUUAGCUAAACCCCGCCGCCGUUUUAGUUUCAAUUUGCUAAAUUGUCUCAAGGCUCCUGCUUGUGUUAAGGGAACCCCUUACUCUGAAGGAAGCACAGCCUCUGUGGCUCUCAUUAGAGGAAACCGGAUCAUUGUUGGAAAUGUUGGUGACUCUCGCUGCGUACUCUCAAGGAAUGGUCAGGCAAUGGAUUUAUCCACCGAUCACAAGCCAAACCUUCCAGAUGAAAGUCGGAGAAUUCAAAAUGCUGGAGGGCGAGUAACCAGGGAUAGGAAAUAUUUUAUGUGUGCAGGACAGAAAAGAUUUCAGACGGGCAGCUAUCGUGUUAAUGGGGGUCUAGCCAUGUCUAGAUCUAUUGGCGAUUUCAAUUUCAAGUCAAACUGUUUGCGUGCUACAGAACAAAUGGUGACAUGCAAUCCUGACAUUCGCACUGCGGUCAUAACGGAUGAUACUGAGUUUCUUCUUAUAGCAAGUGAAGGCAUCUGGGAUAUGUUGUCAAGUCAGGGCGCGGUGAAUUUUGUACACCAGAAGUUAGCAAGUGGGACGAGAGAUCUGCGUACCAUUUGUGAGGGGCUUCUUGAUCAUUGCAUUAAGUCGAAGAACAACAUGACCGUGAUACUGGUUCAGUUCAAGCCUGCUGCCAGAAUUCCUCUUCCUGCUCCGCCCGCCGCCAUGCCAGUGGCCCAAUCAAGUGCCAGUGAAACUUCCAGUGGCACAAGCAGGGAGAUCAAUGAAGAUCCUCCUGCCUCUUCCAACAAUGCCUAGCUCCUUGUAGUUGUGAGUUUUGAUUGAGAAGAGAGCUCCUGGGUUGCCAAGCGUGCAGUGCUAGUUGGUUUCCUAUUUUGCAAAGAAGGUGCCUCGAUGUGAUACCUUUGCCACUAUGUAGGAUGAUGAUAUACCAUGCGUAGGAGUAGUCGGCCCACUUAUUCUCUCGUAUUGCUUCUUCCUGGUAACUGUUUAGGAGAUUUUGCCACUUGAUGUUGGAUUUACGCACUUCGUUUUCUGCUUCUGAUAUUGGAUCUGGAAGAUGCUCAGUCUGUCAGUCGUGUAGUGUGUCUCUAUUCCUUCAGAAUUCCUCUGUGCUAUGCAGUAUUAUGCCUUCAGAAAUCUUUCUUGGAACUUGAAGAUGCCUAGUCAAGUAGUGUUUCUGUAAA